AUGGAGGGCAUGACUGUUAUUCAUUUUAUGAUGCAUAACUUUCAACAAGGCGAGUAUCGAUAUUGGCAUCGCGUCGAUAGUGAAACAAGCAAAACGAUUACAGAUAUUAUGUUUGCAUGUCCCGAAUCUAUUAAGUUACUACGGCUGUUCCCGUAUGUUAUAUUGAUGGACUGCACAUACAAAACCAAUAAGUAUGCUAUGCCUCUUUUGGAAAUAAUUGGGAUAACUCCAGUUGGGAGGAAUUUUACAAUUGUUGUUGCAUUUAUGUCGCAUGAAGAUGCAGACACCUACGAGUGGACUUUGAAUUGUUUGAAAGAGUUGCUAGAUGGUGUCGAACCUGAUGCAAUCUUGACAGACAGGGAGUUGGGUCUUUUGAAAGCACUGCCAAAUGUCUUCCCAUUUUCGUAUUAUAUGUUGUGUAUAUUCCAUAUAAAGAGAAAUGUUGAGGCAAAUGCGACAAAAUUUAUGGGAGGCAACAAAGACCAAGGUCUAAUAUUCCGACGUGUGCUGUGGGCUAAGCUGGUGAAAUCAGAAACCGAAGAAGAGUAUCAUUACAAUUACAAUGAAAUUGUGGACGUGGAUAGGGUGGAGAGUGCUCAUUCUUCAGCGAAGGGUUGGUUAAAUGCUUCGACCGGAGGUCUGGAUAACGUGCAAGGCAAACUUCGGGACCAAGUUUAUAUCCAAAUUAGUCAGCUGAAGUGCGAUUUUUCAUUAUCAUCCAAGAUAAGGAAGCAUACUGCAGCAUGGCCGUGUUUUCAGGGUUUGAUUUUUUAUGUUACGCAUCUGGCAUUAGAGAAAUUGGAUCAAGAGAUGGAGUCCCCGGCGAUGCAAGAUCCGAGUAUUUGCACACACUAUCUUCGGAAUACUCAUGGGCUCCCAUGCGCGUGCAAAAUUGUGCAGAAAAUGGAAGAUAAUGACACGUUCGUCAUUUCAGACUUGCAUCCAUUCUGGAGUACCAUGGCAGUUGAGCCUUCGGAGCUACCUGAGUAUCAAGUAAACCGCGAGGAGAUUGUGGAUAGACAGAUUGAUGACCUGAAUUGCAAUUUGAAGAAGAUGAAUUACACGAGUAACAUAAAUGCCGUGGCCUCAUUGCGUGGCAUCGUUUAUCCGUCUACGUCACAUCUGUCCGAGCCAUCAUUUGUUAAGACCAAAAGACAACCAAAGAAUAACUCGACAAAGAGAGACCCUUCCGGAUGGCAGUAUCAUAUUGAUGAGGAGACAAUUAAGUCGUCUUGUGGUUCCAAGGGUCGCCAAACCUCAUCUGGUGCAAAGAUUCCUAAAGCAAAGAUGAAAGGUCGUGGUUCUCGUAUUCCCACACAAGAAUCUGUUGCCCCUAUAAUACCUGCACAUGAAGGAAUCGACUUUUAUUCUUUCGUACCCAGAUUUAUGGUCCGUCUUAUUCAAGAUUAUGUUAACGUGAUGGCGGAUGGCAACUGUGGGUACCGGUGCGUUGCUCAAGCCGUGUACGGGGAUAAAGAAAGAUGGACGCAAGUGAGAGGGGAGUUGCUUAUUGAGUUAUACGAGCAUGCUAAUGUGUACACGGCGAUGUUUGGCAGUACCGGAUACGUUAAGGUCAUACGCAAGUGUGACUGGACCUCAGGGCCUUGUCCACAAGCUUAUUGGAUGGACAUGAAUGAAAUGGGAUUGGCCAUUGCUACCAGAUACAGUGCAUUAGUGGUACUUUUGACUCAAGUAGGGAGUAUGACUUACCUUCCUAUGUUUGGCAGUGGUCACUUAUCAUGUAUGGUUGUUGUGACAUUGCACAACAAUCAUUUCAUGUUUGUUAAUUUGGUCGCGAAUAGUCCUCUACCACCAAUCCAUCCGGCAUGGGUACACCAUAGAGCUAAAAGCUUGAGGUACUUACUCAAAAUGUACAAACCCCGACUACUCUUGUACGAACAAUUAAAGUAUGGUCGGUAGUUCAAUUUGUAGUUGUAUUUGAAUUCUAGUUCA